CACCACCCCAAAAAACAGUAUCUGUUCAUUUGAAUCUAUUCAUUUCUUGACUUUAUUAUAACUGUAAAAUAAUGCUCUGUAUUUUAAUGCUCUGUAUUUUUACUGCAUUUCAUCCUGCUUAAAGUUAUAGGAUACUUCAUCUGAGAAUUCUGGUGACCUCUUGAGACUAGCUUGAGAAGCUAAUAGGAAUGUCAUCAGUGUUGAUCAUACAGCAUUAAGUAUUGAACAAAUUAAAAUUCUGACCCGCUGAUAAUGAAUCAAGGAGAAAUCAUAAAAUCCCUCAGAUGACCACAAAUUGCCACGCAUAGUCCCACACCUGUGGUGUGGCUAAAAUCAUAGUAACACAACAAAUUUUCUCCUAACCCUUUCAUAUAUUGUUCUACUUACAUUUUUUUGUGGGCUGCAGGAAAAGGUUUUAAAAAAUCUCUUAAAAAGGGACUGUAGAAGUAAAACUGACGAGUUUCAAAGACAGCUAUGUUUCUUUGCAAUAAAUGCCCCAAAAGUGGAAAAUGUGAUGUGUUUAUCACUUAGACUGAGUCCAGAAUAAGAAUAAGGAGAAUAAGCUCAUGAUUAAUACUACAUUCAGGGAAGACAUUUUACUCACUUUGGACAACAGAGGCAAGUGAUGAAUUAGCACUUUGGUUAAAUUGUCCUAAUACGCUAACAAGCAGAGCAAUUUUACAAGGACUUACCCAGGACUCCCAAACUGUCAAUGUGAAUUUGAUCUUAGUGUUUGUCUACAACACAGUUUGUACCAGCACAGCUUACUUUUUGACCUUUUCUCACCACCAGUGUUCUCACAGCUCACUUCUCAGAUUUACAGAGACCACUUCCUCUUUAAGCAUAACAGUCUUUUCAAAAAGGCAUGCAUCCUUUUUUUCAUCAAUUUGAUCCAGUUGAGCAAAUUGUCUAUUAAUAUUUUAAUGUCUUUAAACUGGUACUAAUGAUCCCUGAUGAUAAACACAAUGUAUAAACCAACUUCAGUAGAAUGAUCGCUGGUAUGAGGGCUUAAGUUAGCAUUUUAGCAAGGGUUAAGGAUGUGGUCCAAUUAGGACAAAUCUGUAAUGUUCUCAGUAGAAAGUGUACAGUAGAUAUAUAUAAUAACAUAUAAUAAAUGCCAUGUGAAAAAAAAGACACCAAAAUAGAACAAAACAAAACCCACAAAAAUAUACCAUAAAGAAUAAAGACUGACAACUGAAUGAAAAGGUCUUUUUUAAAGUUUGAAUAUAAUACACAAUGUCAUUAAAAUAUGCAGGGCACAUUUGUGGACACUUCAUAGUCACAUCCCACGGCCAGUUUACAGAAGAGUCACCAAUUAACUUUACCUGCAUGUCUUUGACUGUGGAGGAAAACCAGAGCAACUGGAGAAAACCCAAUAGGCAUGAGGAGACAUCAAGUGGCACAAGACGACAGGAGACAAAGCAUCCAUCGGCCUGUCUGCACCAGUUCAAGGUUAACAUGAGUGAACAGAACUGUAUGUCAGUGCCCUUAACCCACUGCGUUUGUGAGCCUUCCAGUUAGUGACAGUUAGCAUGCUUUCAGUCCUCAUAAACACAGUUUUUUACCUCACACAAUCUAUUGACUUGUGUUGACUGAGAAGCAUUUUACACUACUAACUAUUAAAUGAUGACGCAAGCCAUUUAAUGAAACGUGGGAAAUAAUGUUCAAAAAUGGUUUAACCAUACAAAGAUUUAGAGCAUUUGAGACUCGCCAAUAAUCUUGUCCAACAUUCACUUACAGAGAGAUACAGAGUCAGCGAUACAGGAAGAUAGCUUCCUGGUUGUGAAGAUUGCACAAUGCUUCCAGUGAAGUUGAAAAUGACAAGAAUUUCCAAAUGGUGAACUGCGAUGUUACACAGAAUUUGUGUGAAUCAUGCAUUGCUGGACCAACUGCCAUCUGUAUCACAUCUGCUUCUCUGUCUUACGACAGGAAAAUCACAGAAGUCAAGUUCAUCGCAUUCAUAAAAAGUAAUAACAUGACUGUAGAUAAGCAGUAUGUGGAAUGACGGGUGAGAAUUAGGCUGUUAAUAAAGAACAUAAAAAUGAAAGGAGAAUCAAAAUCGAGUAUCAGAAACGUUCUCCGCUGGUUCAAGCGUUUAGUAUCUCUGUAGACAUGCAAGAUCAUUUAAAGAGAAAUACUGGAGAAAAAAAAAAAAAGAAGUCAUGACGACAUGAGAAACUGGUUGCAUCAGCACUAUUAAGACUCACUUUCAGCAAGCGUUCAGACAACCCUUAAAACCUCAUGCAGGGAUAACAUCCUCUGCUGUAAGACGUUUCAGAAGAAUCUUAACAAUGAAGAUAACUUGCACGGCCUUAGUGCUCCUCAUCCAAGCGUUUCAAUGUUUGGCUUCUGAUGAUUCACCAUUUCAACUAACUAACAGGAACACUGGCUUUUGUCUGGUUAAAACACGCAAUUACUGCAAUCAUAUUCGCUGGACAACUGGUGACCGACUUCUGGUUCAACAAAGGGAGAAGUGUCUGGGAGUCCAGGGGAAAAGUGUGGGAAGUGAAAUAAGCCUCUAUGACUGCGAUGAAAACAGCGAACUCCAAAAGUGGGAAUGCAAGAACGAAACAGCGCUCGCCCUCAAAGGCCAAGAGCUUUACAUUGAGCUCACUGCAGACAACACAGCGGUUCUCUCCAGAACAAUAGGACCCAACAACCACCUCACAAUUUCAGGGACGUCCAGCGGUGCUUGCACAAGAACAUACAGAGAAGUGUAUACCAUUGGCGGAAGCGCAGCUGGAGCGCCAUGCAUGUUUCCCUUCCAGUACAAAGACCAGUGGUACUCAGACUGCACCACAGUUGAAGAAGAGGCUCUUUGGUGUGGAGUUGAAACAAAAUAUGAAAAUGAACUCUGGGGCUACUGCCCAGUUACUAGCAAAGCAGGCUGGAAUGUACAUCCAGAAACAGGAGCUUACUACCAGCUCAAUACACAUUCGGCUCUGACUUGGCCCCAGGCUGAAACCAGCUGCAAACAGCAGGGUGCUUCCCUGCUCAGUAUCACCGAUCCUCAUCAGCAGGCUUACGUCGUAGCACUACUAGGAAGAAGUGGCAGUAAACUUUGGACUGGACUCAUUCUGGAUCCAGAACAUGGUUGGAAAUGGUCUAAUGGGAAGCCUUACCGCUAUAUGAAAUGGGACUCAGGACACCCACUUCCUCAUCCAGGAUACAACUGUGCAACUGUUAAUCCUGCUGUACAGUACUUCUGGGAAAGUUCACCUUGCACAAAGAAACUCGGGUAUAUCUGCUACAAUAAAACUGCAGAGGAACUUCCGACGCAAGCUCCUGAGACGGGAUUUUGUUCAAGACCUUGGAUUCCCUACAACGGCCACUGCUUCUACCUCAAUCGGACUAAGAAGACAUGGUCUGAUGCUCAGAGAGAGUGCCGCAAAGAUGGAGGGGACCUAGUGAGCAUCCGCAAUGUGGAGGACCAAAGCUUUGUCAUCUCUCAACUUGGAUAUGCAUCCACUGAUGAGCUCUGGAUUGGACUGAAUGAUAGGAAGACAGAGAGGCUGUUUGACUGGGCUGACCAGUCAACUGUUACUUUCACCAGCUGGGAAUUUGGAAAACCUGCUGCAUCCAGUGAAAUAAAAGACUGUGUUCUUAUGAAGGGAGAGAAUGGGAACUGGGCUGACCAUGUGUGUGAGGAGAAACAUGGCUACAUUUGUAUGAAAACGAGUGAAUCCAAACCCUCUGGAGAUGAAGAAGUGGAGCAGGAUGUUGGUUGCAAAACUGGUUGGAGAAGACACGGUUCAUACUGCUACUUCAUAGGUACACAGACCAAAACCUUCGAUGAAGCCAGAGAUGACUGCAAGAGUUCAGAUUCUUACUUGGCUGAUGUUUCAACUGGGGUGGAUAAUGCAUUCCUUGUCAGCUUGGUGGGGAUGAGACCAGAGAAACACUUCUGGCUGGGCCUCUCUAACCAGAAAAGCAUUGAUGAAUUUGUAUGGACCAACAUGAACUCAGUGAGAUUUACUCACUGGAAUGCUGAAAUGCCAGGUCAUCAACAGGGCUGUGUUGCAAUGAAAACUGGGAUUUUUGCUGGACUCUGGGAUGUGCUGCCCUGUACCAAUAAGGAGAAAUACAUCUGCAAACAACAGGCAGAGGGGACAGUUUUAACCCCUGCACCGGCAACUAUUCUCCCUCCCAAGUGUGCAGACGACUGGACUCCAAUAGGAACAAGAAACCUUUGUUUUAAGUUGUUUACACAAUCACAUUCACAAAAGAAGACCUGGUAUGAAGCAAGGGAUUACUGCAGGGCCAUUGGAGGGGAUCUGCUCAGCAUCCACAGUACUGAGGAGCAAGAAAAUCUACCACAAAGGUAUACAACAGUCUGGAUUGGACUUAGUGCCCCUGACCCAGUCAAUGGUUACAUGUGGAGCGAUGGAUCCCCACUGCAAUUCCAACACUGGGAGGAUGGAGAGCCAAACAAUAAAAACAAUGUGGAAUCUUGUACUGAAAUCAGACUACAUAAGCUUGAUGACAGCGGGUCUUGGAACGAUGUGCACUGUGAGGCAUACCGUGAAUGGCUGUGCCAAAUCCAUGCAGGAGCGACUCCAAAACCACCUCCAGAUGAUGUCAUUCCUGACUACAAUAUGACCUCAGAUGGGUGGCUAGAAUGGAAGGGGAAUCAAUAUUAUUUUAACAAAAGGUCAAUGGCCAUGGAAGAAGCUCGUCACUUCUGCAAGCAGAGGCAUAGUGACUUGGUGACUAUCAACAGUGAAGCCGAAAGUGUCUUUUUAUGGAAACAGAUAUCUAGAAGUUAUGGGUCUUACUGGAUAGGCCUGACCGUAGAUCUUGAUAGAACAUAUGGGUGGAUGGAUGAUUCUCCAGUGGUGUUUCAACGGUGGGACGAAAAUCAACCUCGUUUCCUGAACAAUGAUGAAAAUUGUGUUGUCAUGACUAUUUCUAUGGGGUUCUGGCAUGAUUAUAAUUGUGGGUUUCAGCACAGUUCAAUUUGUAAACGCAGUGGAUCACCACCUGUCAACGCCACAGUACCACCAACACCUCCCCGAAAAGGCGGCUGUCCACAAAAGUGGAAAAAAAUGGACUCAAAGUGUUAUAUUGUUAAUCACUGGAAUGAGACAUGGAAUGGAGCAAGGACACAAUGCAGAGCAAUGGGAGGAAAUCUGGCCUCAAUUCCCUCAAGACACGUGCAAGUAUUUUUGACAACUAUGAUGGCAGAGGCACCUGCCACAGACCUGUGGAUAGGUUUGCAUAACACAGAGGGUAAUCCAUUUUACUGGACUGAUGGGCAACCAAUGCAGUACACCAACUGGGGGUCUACACCAAAUCGCCAUUUAAAUAUAUAUGAUGAUAACGACUAUGAGUGGUAUCCCCAUUCGCACAGAAUUCAUUUUCAUGACUAUGAGAUGUAUGACAUAAUUUCUUCAAUAUACAGACCUUCAGUGCAUCAGAAACAGUGUGCUGUGUUAACUACUGAUCCCAACAUUGGUAUUGGGAAAUGGACAAAAAAGUCCUGCAAUGACACCACUGGAUAUGUCUGUCUUCGAAACGUUGACCCUUCUCUCCCAGACUCCCCUGAAUCUACGAUAACCUACAAUGCCGACUAUGUCAAAAUAUUCAAUGACUCUAUCAAGGUCGUUACUCAACCGAUGACCUGGGAUGCAGCUAAAAAGCACUGUGAAGACGAUGGCGCCCAAUUGGCCAGCCUGCGAAAUCAAUGGUCACAGGUCUAUACUGAGCUGAUAGCUUUGAAUCUCAAAGCUCACGUGUGGAUUGGAAUGAACAAAAUGAAGACUGGCAGUUAUUUCAGGUAUGUUGAUGGCUGGCAUCUCACCAUGACUAACUGGGGUUCACUGGAACCAAGCAGGGACAGGCCUUGUGUGUAUGUUGAUGUGGACGGAAAAUGGAGGACUGCUGACUGCAAUCAGAACAAGACCAGUAUUUGUAUGAAGUCUACAGAUGUACCACCAACAGAGUCAAGUAAUUUCCCAGGAGUAUGCCCGGAGGACCCAGAUAAAGUCACGCACCUUUGGAACAGACAGAGUUACACCUGGCAGCCAUUUAAGGGUUAUUGUUACCUCUUUGUCACAGAAGGACAUGGGUGGCCAGACGCAUCUGCUAACUGUAUGAGACAUGGUGGAACUCUUGUCAGCAUUGAAGAUCCCGAUGAACAACACUUCAUUCAAAGAAAUAUCAAAAUAUUUCAAGACAACCAAGACUCUUACUGGAUUGGCUUGUAUAAAACUCAUAAAGGCAUGUGGCAGUGGUUGGAUAAAACUGCCAUGGAUUACAAUAACUGGGAUGAAGAUCAACCUGAUGACAACAGCUAUGGACAAAUUAGUACUACAGAUGGGAAAUGGAGGACAAGCUACGGGUGGUACAGCAAAGCGUAUAUUUGCAAAACCCCCAAAGUAUUACUAAACGCAACAGCAACAACUGUGAAUCCUAAAGUGGAUCCUCAGUCCCGUGACCGCACAAUUUUGACGGUGAUGCUGCUUAUUACUGCGACUGCCGUAGCGACAGCCAUCAUCUUAUUUGUCUUCAAGAAGCCCAACCGCCACUUACCUUUGCCCAAAAAGUUAACUGCCUUCGACAACCCGCUCUUCUUCAACAGUGAGCGUCAACCUACUCUGAUCGCAAAUGCAGAGGAAGAGAACCCUGAUCCUCUUAUGAUUGUGUGAUGUAAAUACCAGCAGUAUCUACUGGGGCACACAAUGUGUGACCGGGCAGCAGAGGUGCAUCGAUUUUAAUUUUUUGGCGGAGUUCGAUUCCCGCCAAUGCCGAUUUUCAUUCCAAGAACUAUAACUGACAGCAUGUACAAACAAACAAAAUCUUAAAAUCUUUAAUGCAAAAAUUUUCUUUCAUAAUAAAAGAAAUUGUUCAACUGCCUUUCGUUCAAUUUCCUCUCAAAGUGAAGUAACUGGAAAGAACUAUGGAAAACAACCAACUGAAAAAGAGCUGUACACCCAACUUUGACAUGUUUCAUUUCACCACACAAAAGCGGAUAAAAGUGAUUGAUGUAGCAAAACUAAUGUCAGUUACUUAUAUCAUUUUACAGUAUGCUUAUAAGUUCACUAGGGCUGAGAUAAUUGAUCAGAUUUCUGAAGCCUCUGUUUACAACUAUGGAAAACGGCUGAUCAUCCAGGGUCAUGAAUUUCAUAAUCUUCUUUUCGCUGCUCAUAAAGGCGAGGCUGUUGACUUGUGUCUGGCACUGAGCUCUCGUUAGCUUUAGCUUUAACUGCUUUUCCUUUGCUAGCUUCUUCAAACGGGGCACGUUAAACUGGGUGAUGAUGGUGUUUUAAGUGUCUGAUUAGCUUUAUUGAUCCAAGCGUUUAUAAGCUCUUCCCCAGGGUUUACUUUAGCCUUACGUGCGUUACAAAUUGCGGGCUUUGCACACUCUUCACUCACGGUGAGGAACUUGUUUGCCUGCGCCGCUGACUGUGCGUAUGACGUGUGGCGCAUGCGCAAAAUGGACCGGUUUGGAACUGGACAUACAGGAGACUGACCAGCCGGUCUGCAGUCCAGGUCGAGCACGCUGAAAACCGCUGAUAACCGGCCGAUUCUGGUCCCUGGCAUCAGUGCAUCUCUACGCAGUGGAUUGAUGACAUACCCACUGGCAUUGCAUGACCAACAAAACUAUUUUAACUGCUAGCAGUGUGAAAUGUAAACGAGACUUUGAACAGAACAAAUCCAACACGUUCCUACUGGACCAACAAGCCGACAGGAUAUACACACCUCAUCGUGAAGCUAUUUAUGUUCUGAAGAUGAGAAUUAAAGAAAAAAAAAACUU